UGCUGAGGUCACGGUGUCCUUCCCCACGUGUGUCAGUCAGUGUGAUCCGCGUUCAGCAGCUCUGAGCUCAACCGAACACGGUCGCCGUCAUGCUGAAGUCUGUGAGCCGCGCGGUUCAGCUCGCAGCCCGGCUGUCCAUCAGCGCGCCGCCCCGCAGCAGAGCCUUCAGCAGGGCCCUCUGGAGCCUCAGCAGCACCGGAGCGGCGUCAGGCUCCAGGCCGAGGCUGCUCACCGCGACACGGGCUCUGCCCACACUGUCCUGCGGCUGCGGGAGUCUGCACACCGAGGGUGAUAAAGCAUUUGCAGAGUUUCUCACUGAUGAAAUCAAAGAAGAAAAGAAGAUCCAGAAGAACAAGAGUCUUCCUAAAAUGUCCGGCAGCUGGGAGCUCGAACUCAACGGCACAGAAGCCAAACUCAUCCGCUCGCUGUCCGGAGAAAAAGUCACCAUCACUUUCAAUGUGAACAACAGCAUCCCGCCGCAGCUGGAGGAGGAUCCUGAGCACACGCAGAAGAGUCAGGAGGACGAGCCUGACAUUGUCUCAACGCCCAACUUUGUGGUUGAAGUGACCAAACCAGGAGUAAAGAGUUCACUAGUGUUUGACUGUCAUUUCCCCGAGGAUGAGACCGCUCACGGUGAGGGUGAGGAGGAGAGCGACAUCUUCGCCAUCCGUGAGGUCAGUUUCCAGCCGGAGGGAGACGCCGAGUGGAAGGAAACCAGUUACACGCUCAACACAGACUCUCUGGACUGGGCCCUGUAUGACCAUCUGAUGGACUUCCUGGCUGACCGCGGCGUUGACAACACGUUUGCGGAUGAGCUGACGGAGUUGAGCACGGUGCUGGAGCAUCAGGAGUACAUCAAGUUCCUGGAAGAUCUCAGCACUUUCGUCAAAUGCAAAUAGAUUAUCUAGAUUUAUCGCAAAACUUUGUUAUACGUCUGGCUCGUGUGGUCUGACAUGAUGAAGAUGAAGGCAGAACAGUUUUGUAUUUAAUUUUAUAUCAUGUUUUCAAGUUAUGUGCACACCGGUUACAGUUCAGAUGUCACCAUAGGGGUUUACGGGUCUUGCAGAGUCAAGAAUGUGAAAUAAACAUUCAUGAGAAAUAAAACUGAGUGGAAAUA